AGCACUCUUUCAUCCAUGAUCCCGCACCCCUGGUGCAGGAAAUGGAUGACAAAGUUGUCAGUACAGAGAAAGCAGAAGAAGCCAAGAUAAAGGUCAUGCAUCCCAAUCUUGGAGCUAGACCGGGAGGUUCAGAUUUUCUGAGAAAACGACUUCAGAAAGGGCUGAAGUAUUUUGAUUCUGGCGAUUACAACAUGGCCAAGGCCAAAAUGAAGAAUAAACAGUUGCCAUCAGCCCCAACAGAGAAGGCUCAGAUUACAGGUGGUCACAUCCCGACACCUCAGGACCUGCCUCAGAGAAAGACCUCUAUUGUGACAAGCAAACUGGCUGAGAGAUGA